AUGCAAGAUGUAGUCUCCUUGUUGUGGUGUAACACAUCUCAACAACGGCAGGGAGUAGCUGCGCCUAUAAAGGAUGCCUUGCAACAGAAGGGUGCCGUCGGUGAGGUGGGCAUGGAUCGGGUCCAUCCAACUAGGGUCCUGAUGGACGGUGUUGACAUCGGCUUUGGCCGUGCUCCGCCGAGCGAGAACUUCUAUGGGGACGUGGCAUCCGACACGGUCUUCGAUUGCCUAAGCGAGCCUGGAUAG